UGGGUCUUUCAUCAACGUGGGAGACGCGAAAUUGUGAAGUUGUUUUGGUGCCAUGGCUGCUUUUGUUUGACAGCAACAUGGUCGACAACGUGUUUAAGAAUAAGUAAGCGUGGUGAGAUACUAGAGGACAUUGUCUUACCAUGAUGCCCGGGGACAGUCAGGCGAAAAAGGUGGCGAUCGGCGCGGACGCGACUGUUGGAAAAUGUCAGAACUGCUCUGUUUUGCACCAGAGUCUCACCGAGUAUGUGUCCUCAUUUCUUGCACUGAAACAGAAGAUAACAGUUUCAGAUGACACUAUCCGGCUUCAGCAACAGCUUGAAGAGCUACAGAUCAGUUUGGUUACUUUGGAGAAAAGGACUGUUGAUUAUGACAUUAUUCAAGCAGAACUGGAAGAAAAAAGGCAUGCUCUUAUGGCCUAUGGAGGGAUGUCUGAAGAAAUGGAAAAACUGAAGCAGGAAAAGAGCAAGACAAUAGCAGACAAUAAGAAGCUUGAAGAGCAGCUAAAAGAAGUGAAAGAACUUACUGAAACACAAUCACUUGAGAAUGCACAGCUGACGAGGGAAAAGGCUGUAGUAGAAAAUGAUUUGCUGAAAACACAGAUGUCGCUGAAGAAAUCUCAGGCACAAGCACAACAAGUUGAAAUACUGACUGAGCAGAACACCAAGACAACGAAAAUAAAGGAGAACCUUGAAAAUAAAGUUAAUCAGCUAGAAGAUUCAUAUUGCAAACAAAAUCAUCAAAUAUCCCAACUAACCAAAGAGAAAAUCCUGCUGGAGAGAAACAUUUAUGAUCUCCAGGCGAGACUGAUGAAACUAGAAAGAGAGCGGAGUAGAGAAUAUAGGAGCGUUUCAGUGCAGGCAGCAGCACCUGAGGAGCCUAAAGUUGACAAAGAAAAGGUCCGGAUCCUGCUUGAGAAUUUGUGGGCAUGUGUGGAACCUCAGCACCACCACUCAGAAAACCAACAAUCAACGAGACCUUUCUCCAAUUCCAAGUGGGUUGUACCCUCCUCUCCGCAAAACGGACUGCACUCAGAUCGGAGUUAUAAAUCCCAGUCUCCUUGUGACAUCACUGUACAAUCUCAAAAUGACUCAACGCAGACAAAAGCUGCUUAUCCACAGUUGAAAACAUCUUGUGCACAGAAAGCCAUCAAGCUGCAAGAAUCUCCUCAGGGUUCAAGGGGCAAGAAGCAAAUUGUUAUUUUGGCCUCACCCAAAACGAGCAAGCAGUUCUCCGAGGAACCCAAAACUGAUGAGAACCUGGGCAGCUCUGAACCCUCUAUUGAGGAGAUUAUAAAAAUGUUUAAACCAUUGCCUCCCUGCAUAUCACCAUUACCAGACUGGGAAACCGAGAUGGAAGUUGUGGAGACGGAUGUUAAAGAAAAUGGACACCACCCCAAAUCCUCCAGUGACUCUAGUACUCUUCAAAAGGAGAUGUCAUACUCCGAUGUCACCUCAGCAUUAGUGCCUGUUGUCACUGCACAGGAAGUAAAACACAUGUCCAAUGAAAAUGACUCCAAAAUGGGACAAAAUGAGUUGAGCGAUGCUAUUGAAAUCAUGGACAAAAACAGCAGGACAGACGGUGAAGAAAUGGCUCUUGAAAAAGACACACAGGCGGAGCAAGAGGCAGCAGCUGUACAAGUUACCUCAGCGCAGUCAUCAUUAUCUUCCACUUCCACCUCACUUUUGGUUGAGGUGGCCUCGAUAACUAGUGAAAGUCGAGAACCAUCCUGGAAUGGGACUCCUUGCUGCAGUGUUUCCAGCAGCAAAAGUGGAACAGAAAAUGCCUUGGGAAAGGCAGAGGAAGGGCAAGCAGAGACUGUUACAAUAAUGGAUGUAGAUUUAGACCUUAGUGAUUUUACUACUGACAAAUCAGUUUGUCCUGAUACUGAAGAGUCACCAAGAGGAACUGACGACACUGAGGUCUCUGUAAAAGCAGGCAGCAAGCAGGUAGUUACAGGUAGUGGCGGCACUGGACCUCAAUUGCCUCAAACAUUUUCACUGUUAGAGGUAGAAGAAGGGGACAAGAGCCAGGAAUCUUGUAAAGCUAAUGUCAUAACUCCUUCAAAACAUAAAAAUGAAACAGAGACAUUAAAUAAUGAAAUAAUAGUUGGUCAUGGGUCUCCCAUUUCUGAUUCCCAAGAGACAAAUAGCGUGAACUGUGAAUCUUUGACAGAAAAUGUACAUUCACUGUGCAGGCAGUUAAGUCCUGUGUGUCUGUUACCCACUGUAAAACUGCAGGCUUUAGAAACUAGCACAGAUGUAGGAAAAUCAACUGUGGAUGUCAACAGUGAGCACUUUAAAACAAACAACAGAGCUCUGCAGCCUUUACCAAAAUUAAACCAGAAAGUUGAGAUUGGAAAUGCAGCUGGCAAAGACUCCCCUGAGGACAGAAAAGACUCAAGUAGUACUGCCUCAUUAAAUGUGCCUACACCUUCCACAAAUGGGUUAAAUAUAUGUUUGGAGCCACAUAUAAGAGAGCCCCAAAGCCCUCAGCUGAUCAGAAAGCAGGAAGCGUCAGCUACACAUCAACCACCGGAAUGGAUAGGCCAACUUUGCUCUGAAAUGGGCCCGCCACUCCCCCCUCUCCUUACCCCUCUGAGUCCACUUUCAAAAGCAAGCAAAUCAAUCAGUCCACGGCAGGCUAUUGGAAAGCUCUCAUUUCCAUCACCCAUGGAAAGACAGGCUUCCGACACUCCUGUCACAGCGAACGUGACACCCAACAAUCAUCAUCUGAACUCUUCAACCUUCAACAGUCCACUUCCUUCAAACGGAGUCCCCUCAUCACCACUUCAGUUUGGCUCUGCCACUCCCAAACAUGCAGUGCCAGUCCCAGGUCGCCUGCCCAUAGCAGCAAUGAAUUCCUCCCCAUCCUCGUCCUCUAGUCCUUCUCAAGAAAACUCUGUGAGGAUACUUGACACUAUGUAUCCAGAGCUGUCUGCCCGUGCUCGAACUCUGACCAUUCUUAGGGGGAAUGUUGGCCUCGGCAUUUGUUCUUCGGAGAGUGUUGCAUUACCCACAACCACAGAUAGUCAGGCAUCUGGCUUCAAGACCAUCAACUCCAACACAACAGCCUUCACCAAGACUGAGACUAGAGGAGAAAAAAGACAGGCAGCCAAUUUGCCUCAGCCUAAAAACAGCAAAUGUCGAAGGCUUGACGAUACCUACUCGCCAUCCAUCAGUCACAACCAGGUGUCUCCCUGCUCAUCGGACAGUGGAGAGAAGACCUCCUCUCUCCAGAGUUUGUUGCUCGAAAAUCCACCUCCCUCCAAGGAAAGUGGAGAAUUAUUCACUGCAGAGCAGAAUCCUGUCAUUGAUGCGUUACAGAAAAUCGAACACCAGUGCUUUGAUCUAUUACCUGUGAUCCAGAGCCAUGUGUGGGUUGGUAACCUCCCUAAAAAGCCUGUCUUGAGGGAUGAGGAGAAGAGGGUGCUUUCUAACGUUUGCCACAGCAGCUUGCAAGCGGAUGAUAUGCUUUCUGCAAUCCUGGACAAACUGAGAGAAGAGAAAAGGAAGCUCAGCAGUAACUACUUGCAGGCGCUCUGUAGAGUCUACAUCGGCAUCUGUAGACAGAAGAACUACUGGGAGAAAGCUCACAUCCUCGCUUACAGUAUUCUUACGGAAGAUUUUCCAGAUUCUGCCAAGAUGAUCUUGUUUGUGGUAACAACAUGGCCCAGUAUUCUCUCACACGGUAGCCGUCUGUGCCAAGCCAUACAUGCUGUCACCAAACUGAAAGCACAAGAGGAGCUUCUCGGCUGCCUGACAGCAAUCCUCGGUUGGAAGAAGAGUCCUCCUUGUGACAUCGACCAACUGAUUUCCAGAACACUGUCUGAUCUUAGUUCGGGGUCAGAUCUGGCUCUCGUGGAACACAGUCGGUAUGGGUUCGACCUGGGGACUCGGGCUUGGGAACAUGUAUUUACACUGCACCUCCUCUGUGCACACAAGAAGUGGAAGUGGACUUAUGAAAAUGUAUUGGGAAAGGAGUUGUGGCCGUUAAUGAACACAUGGGUGACACAGCCCAGAGAUCAACAAGCACCCGUUUCUGAUCCGACUGUCAUUACUGUGCUCCGACUCAUAGGACGCCUCUGUCAACUGGGAAUCAAAGAGAAGUGUGUGUCUUCUGUGGUAACGGUUGCCAGUGUCAUCAAUGCAUUUGGCAGGCAUGGACAGGCUGAAGGUGUGCCUUGGGAGGUCCAGUUAGCAGCUGUCUACUGCAUCCAUGAGCUGUCUCCCUGCAACCUAGAAAAAGCCAUCGAUGCCCUUGCAGGUUGGCGAGGAGAAACAUCUCGGAGCGUCCCUCCUGCUGUCACCAGCUGCAUUAACCAGUUAGCCUGUAUCCGCAGACAGGUCAAGAGCUGAGAGACGAGUGCUUUGCAAAUUCACAUCAACAUUUAUGACUUUACCUGUGUUAAAGGUGGACAGAAUGAGUAUCCCACUGUAUAUCUUGAUAUUCAUUUUAGUUUUACUUGCUAGCAGGAUAGAGCCAUUUACCACUGAGACACAUGAGCUGUCACGAAUAAUUUUUGUCUUGUUGUCAAUACUAAGUUCUGUACUUAAAAUGUUUUUGUUUUUCUCCAUGUGCCCCCCUGCUUUAAAAUGAACGUGAGGCGAAUGUAUUCCAUUCUCAUGCAAAUCUUUUCUCACUUUUUAUUGUGAUACGUCAAAUGGAUUUUUCAAAAGACUUUUAGCUGUCCACACCAUGUUAUAUACUGUAUGCACUUGUCUAUCUUCCUUUGUCUACUAAACUUGGGUAAUAAUGCUCUAAUGCUACUGUAAAUGUUUAUUGAUUCAACUCUGUGUAAAUAUGUUGUUAAAUAUGUUCAAAUUUGUAUUAAGGAAAAAGUAAGAUGGUAAAUAUAUUGUACAGGUUAUUAAAUUAUGUUUUUUCCAAAUUAAAAUGUACUAAUUUACUGUA